AGUUAUUUGUCCCUGUAAAGAUUGCAAGAACCACUUAGCAACUUAUGAUGUGGAAAUCAUCAGAUCACAUCUGAUUAGGCGAGGAUUUGUCCCGAACUACACAGUAUGGCUUCAUCAUGGUGAAGUAAUGUUUCUUGAUGGCAACGAUGAUGACCAAGAAGACGAUGCUGAAGAAGGCCAAUUGUUGUCCCAAUACGCAGACAUGUUUGAAGCACAAAUGCAACAUGAUUCAGCAAAAUCUUUGGCCUUAAGUGAAAAGAACAGCUUGCAGGCGAAGAAGAACAUCCACCACCCUCGUCUAGGCCCCGGUGGCUACGAGGGCAAGGAAGAGAUGUUUAGAAAGAUGGAAGAGGAGGCCGUAGCUGCUGGGAAUACAAAAGUAAUGAAAUUGAAGCCACGCACCAAGCGUUGGCUCUUUGCCAGGAAUCUUGAAGAAUCAGGCAGCAGUCUGAAAUUUGCCAAGCCAGAGACCGAGGAGGCAGUGUCAAGGAUAAUGAAAUAUUCUGAAGACAUCGAGAAGGGCUCAUUCACUCCUUCUAGAGAGAAGGACGAGCUUAGCCUUGGCUUGGGAAACCCCGAGCACCCAGGCCGUGUCAGGGGGUUAGGGAAACAUAAGACCUGGAAGGAAGGAUUUCGAGAGGAUGUGGAGAUGUACAAGAAACAUGGUAGAAACCGGGAGGAGAGUCUUGCCACCCUAGUGAAGACCCUAGUUGCCAAGGAACUACAGGAGCAAGGACUGUCUACUGAGCGACGGUCACAAAUGGAGCCGCCUAGGGAUUUGGUUCUAGUUGGUAGCCCUCCAAAUGUUCAAAGCAGCCAAGGUUCCAAUGCAGCCUCCGCCUCAGUCGAUCACAUACGGGUGCCAACUCGUUGCAUCCUGUUGAUUCCCAUCGGUAGGGGACAGGAGAUGGCUGAGGUGGCAACGGGUCUGGCACAUCCUCCAAUUCCAGGCGACAUCUGGCACCAUAAACCGGUCUCGGCCGACUAUAGUAAGGUUGAGGUGCAUACCGUGAAUCCCGAGUACGCGAAGCAUAAGAUUGAACACCCAACUAGCGAGGGGAUUCGUGAGCUUGGACUACUCAUGAAACAGUUCAUCCUAUGGUACAAAAAGGAUAUUGUGUUGAAUGUUUCCUCGCCAACUCCAAGUGAUGUACACCUGGAGAGAGUCCACCUUGAGGAUGGAGCGGUGUAUUCACCGUCUCAUGAGGACCACUUGAUGCAUGAGAGGGUACCGGCUUCUCCAACCGCUGGUGAGCAAGGGGGGAGCCAGGGCAUGAUGAGACGCCACAUGAGCCUCAAAUAG